ACACGCCUCCGGAGCCGCAGGCAGACAAGGAACUAAGGAUGGAGACCAGCGAGGACAAAUCCCCGCAGCAGAACCUCGUGGAAGAGGCCGCUUUCAGCGGCUCCACGGCGCAGGAAUCCAACGGGGAGGAAAAGCCCCAGAGCUCCCUCACGGGAUCUUGGGUAUCCGAGGAGGAAACGCCCACAAAGGGCCAGAGGAGCGGACAGAGCUGCAGCCAGAGCUCGGACCUGGGGGUCCAUCAGCAGCUUCAUGAUGGGGAGAAGCCCCACAAGUGCUCGGAAUGUGGGAAGAGCUUCAGCAAGAGAUCCUCCCUGAUCUGCCACUGGAGAAUCCACGUGGGGGAACGGCCCUAUGAGUGUGGGGAGUGUGGGAAGAGCUUCAGUACGAGAUUCAAACUGACCCGCCACCAGAUGAUCCACACUGGGGAGAGGCCCUACGAGUGUGAUAAAUGCGGGAAGAGGUUUCAGACCAGCUCCAAUCUCGUCAUGCAUCAGCGCAUUCACACGGAGGAGAAGCCCUUCCGCUGCCCCAAAUGUGGGAAGGGCUUCAAACACAACUGCCGCCUUGUCUCCCACCUGCGUAUCCACACUGGGGAGUGGCCCUACGAGUGUGGCCAGUGUGGGAAGUGCUUCAGGACGAGCUCUGAACUGAUUGUCCACCGAAGGAUCCACACAGGGGAACAGCUCUACGACUGUGAUAAAUGUAGCAAGAGGUUUCUGACCAGCUCCAGUCUCCUCAGUCACUAUCGAAUUCACACAGAAGAGAAGCCCUUCUUCUGCCCCGAAUGUGGGAAGAGCUUCAGGCACAGCUCCAACUUUGUCAAGCACCAGCGCGUCCACACUGGGGAGAGGCCCUACGUGUGUCCUGUGUGUGGGAAAAGCUUCUCACAGAGCUCUACCUUGACCCAACACCAAAGGAGUCUCCACUAAGGCAAGCACUGCAAGUGUCCUGAGUGCAGGAAGAGCUUCAUGCUCUGCUCCAGCUCCACCUCCCAUGGCAGGAUACGUGCUGGAUGAUCUCCAGUGACCCCCGGUGGGCAGAGCCCUGGUCAUCCAUGUUGGGAAGACACCUGCCUGGGGGGCUCCACAUUCUCGUAGCUUCCCUUAAGCACCUGGACACAUCCACAGAUCAACAUCAGAAAUCCAUUGUGGAGAGCACAUGUAUUGACUUCUGACCCCAGAAAAAUCUCACUUUUUGUGUCUUUUGGUGGCAUGAAGUGGCACUGGAUGGCCUUGGAGGUCUUCUUCCUCUCUGGCCCACGGGCAUCUUCCACAGCCAGAUGGGAACAGACUGGGGUAAAACCCAGGAUUUUGUAGACAGUGGAACCCCCUUAGAAAGAGUUUCUUCCCACCCAGCCAAGCAUGUGGAUGCUCUGCCAGCAGGGACAUAUAAAUCCUUUUGUUUUGGCCUUGAAACUAAAAGGUUUCUGUUCAUCCUUUUGAAAGCCUGAAAUUGGGGUAAAAAUAAAGAUGUUGAAGUAAGGCGUGGAUGGGGAGAUGUUACGGACAAUGACACGGGUGAGGUCAUGGAUGGGGACAUGAGGGGACACAGCUUUUCAUGGGGACAUAGACAUGGAGGGGGACACAGGCCUAGCUGUGGACAUGAGGGGACAUGGACGUGGGUGGGGACAUGAACUGGGACAGCAUCAAUGCCACCGCCUGUGCCACCACAAUGUCACCAGCACCUUCAUUUUGGCCAUGGUGAAGCGCUGCCCAAUGCAGUUCCUGCCAUCACAUCCCCAC